AUGUUUAAUACUACAUCUAUCUUAUACAUAUCAGUCGAGUCAGUCGAGUCAGUCGAGUCAGUCGAGUCAAGCGAGUCAGUCGAGUCGGUCGAGUCAAGCGAGUCAAGCGAGUCAGUCGAGUCGGUCGAGUCAAGCGAGUCAAGCGAGUCAGUCGAGUCGGUCGAGUCAAGCGAGUCAAGCGAGUCAAGCGAGUCAAGCGAGUCAGUCGAGUCGGUCGAGUCAAGCGAGUCAAGCGAGUCAGUCGAGUCGGUCGAGUCAAGCGAGUCAGUCGAGUCGGUCGAGUCAAGCGAGUCAGUCAAGUCAGUCGAGACCCCAUCAUAA